ACUCCAUUCAGCAACAAUGCGUUGUCGACUGUUGGUUGUUGUUUGUGCCGCUCUGCUGUUGCUCGCCUGCCUCCAAACAGCAGUGGAUGCGCAAUCAUUCCGCCUCGAAGCAGGCGACGGGAUUGCCCUCACUGUCGAGACCACGCCCGUCGUGUCGUACGAGGUGCUGGUCGACGGCCGCCCUUGGCUGCAAUCGGGCGUCACUGCGCUCUCGAGCCGCGGCAAAUUGUACACGUCCAGCGUGGGACUGCGCUUUGUCGAUGCCGCCAUGGUCGCCGACCGCGAUGCGCUCCUCGGCGAGUUCCAGAAGCUCACUCUCAUGUGGAUCACGGCGGGCGGCACGGCCUACAACACGUCCUUUGUUGCGUACAAGUCGGCGCCCGUUCUGCGUUUCAUUCAGGAUUUCCCCUAUGGCGUGGAGGAUUGCUCGAACGGCGGCAACUCGGACAUCGUUUCAGCAUUCCCGGCUUUCCGGACCUCGGAAUCAUCGGAUCUCAACUAUCUAACCUACUACAACACGUUUGCUGUUCCGCACAUGGCUCAUUGGCCCGAUUCGAGCUAUCCAGGUGGGGGCGGCAGCGGUGUUCCACUCGUCUUGUACAACGAGCAGCUGCGAACAGUCCUCCUGUCUCCUGCAUCAAACUUUUUGGUGGCGACGCAGACUUAUGCACCUUCCCUUGACGGCCAGUUUGCCGCCGGAAUUCUCGGCACGGUCGAGUCCAUUCCGGUUGGCUUUUCGCAGGACUUUGUGCUCUUUGGCGGCUUUGGUGUGCGCUCCACGUUCGCAGUUUGGGGCGAGUACCUCCUUGCGCGAUACAAGAAAGCCCGCGCGACCUUUGACUCUGAUUUGAGCAUCUCGCAUCUUGGCUAUUGGACGGACAAUGGCGCGUACUACUACUAUCAGACCGAGAGCAACACGACCUAUCAGCAGACGCUGCUUGACGUGCAAGUCAACCUGAAUGCCACAGGUCUCCCCGUGCAGUACAUGCAGUUUGACUCUUGGUGGUACUACAAGGGCAUCAACGACGGAGUCACGCUUUGGGAGCCCAUGCCGUCAGUGUUCCCGUCCGGCCUGAACCAGUUCCUGCUUGGCGACAUGCCAGUUGCGCUGCACAACCGCUACUUUGCUCCUGAUAACCUGUACCGCGCGAAUUACUCUUUGAUUUGCGAAGACUGGGGCUGCUUGCCGCUCGAUGAAGCCCUGUUUGAGCACAUGAUGAGCCGUGUCAAGCCGUGGCGUACCUUCUUGUACGAGCAAGAUUGGCUUGUGGAUACCUUCCUCAACUUGAACUGCACCCGCAACAAUGUCACCAACGCAAUGACAUGGCUGCAGGCCAUGGGCAACGCUGCUACUCGCCAAGGCAUGACCGUUCAGUACUGCAUGCCUCUUCCCAACUUCCUGCUGGCUUCGGUCACAGUGCAGGCUGUCAACCAGGCUCGCGCGUCGGACGACUAUCGCCCGUCUUUCCGUCAGUGGGAGAUCGGUCCGUCCAGCAUGCUCAUCUGGGCCCUCGGCAUGUUCCCGUUCAAGGACGAUUUCUGGAGCAACUCGACCCAGCCAGGCUGCAGCACCAACUACCCUCGCUGCUACGAGCCGCAGCCGUAUCUGCAGGCGCUGGUUGCCGCACUGAGUGCCGGUCCUGUCGGCCCUUCCGACCGCAUUGGCUACGCCGACCCGGAUGUGAUUUUGCGCACUUGCCGCGCCACGGAUGGCCUCCUCUUCAAACCCGACCGACCUGCGAUUCCCCUUGACUCGACUUACCGCGUGGGCUUUGCCAACGCCAGCACAGUCAACGUGAUUGAGACCGAGAGCGACUUUGAAGGUGUCCGAUGGCACUACGUCCUCGCCACCGAGAUCGCACAGCCGUUCAACGUGACCUUGGCCGAGCUUCAAGAGCCGAAUCAGCGCGAGUUUCUUGCGUUUGACUACUUUGACAUUGGUGCUGGUGGCGUGCGUGUCACCCAGCAAGAGCCGCUGGUCAUCACAACGCCGAAUGUCCUGAGCGAUCCUGCCAACGCAGUCCCGAUGCGCUACACUGUCUUGGCGCCCGUCCUGCCCCGCAGCGGUUGGACCCUCCUGGGCGAGGCGCUCAAGUAUGUGACUGCGUCGCGCCAGCGUUUCGCUGCGAUCGACGACUCGGAGCAACGUCUCAUCGUCGAGUUUACCGGCACCGUGGGCGAGGUUGUUGAUCUGUCGGUUGUUGCGCCUGGUACAAGCAAGGCAACUGUUGUCUCAUGCCGCGUCUCAAAGCAAGGCGGCGGCACGCUCCUGUGCCGCGACAGCAAUGGCUGCCAGUGCAGUUGAAGAAGCUCGAAACAGAGUUCGUCGUGUUUAACAUUGGGAUUUCCGUUUGCUCCCUCCAUGCAGCAUUCUCCGAGGCCAUGUGUGUUUAUGAUCUAUCUGUACUGGAUACGAGCAGAUGCAAAGUAGUACUGUGCUGGUGCACCACAUGAACGUGACGACGAAACAAAACUCCAAUCUGUGAAAAGUUGACAGGAUUGUAUUUUGAAUUACGGUCCUUUCCCCGAUAUGAAGAGGACUUGAC